AUGCUGGGAGUCAAGAUGGCGGCGGCGGCGGCCUCCAGUAUUCGGGAGAGGCAGACAGUGGCUUUGAAACGUAUGUUAAAUUUCAAUGUGCCUCAUGUUAAAAAUAGCACUGGAGAACCAGUUUGGAAGGUACUCAUUUAUGACAGAUUUGGCCAAGACAUAAUUUCUCCUCUGCUAUCUGUGAAGGAGCUGAGAGACAUGGGAAUCACUCUGCAUCUACUUUUACACUCUGAUCGAGAUCCUAUUCCAGAUGUUCCUGCAGUGUACUUUGUAAUGCCAACUGAAGAAAAUAUUGACAGAAUGUGCCAGGAUCUUCGGAAUCAACUUUAUGAAUCAUACUAUUUAAAUUUUAUUUCUGCUAUUUCAAGAAGUAAACUGGAAGAUAUUGCAAAUGCAGCAUUAGCAGCUAGUGCAGUCACACAAGUAGCCAAGGUUUUUGAUCAGUAUCUCAAUUUUAUUACUUUGGAAGAUGAUAUGUUUGUAUUAUGUAAUCAAAAUAAGGAGCUUGUUUCCUAUCGUGCCAUUAACAGACCAGAUAUCACAGACACGGAAAUGGAAACUGUUAUGGACACUAUUGUUGACAGCCUCUUCUGCUUUUUUGUUACACUUGGUGCUGUUCCUAUAAUCAGAUGUUCAAGAGGAACAGCAGCAGAAAUGGUAGCAAUGAAACUAGAUAAGAAACUUCGGGAAAAUCUAAGAGAUGCACGAAAUAGUCUUUUUACAGGUGAUACACUUGGAGCUGGCCAAUUCAGCUUCCAAAGGCCUUUAUUAGUCCUUGUUGACAGAAACAUAGAUUUGGCAACUCCUUUACAUCAUACUUGGACAUAUCAAGCAUUGGUGCAUGAUGUACUGGAUUUCCACUUAAACAGGGUUAAUUUGGAAGAAUCUUCUGGAGUGGAAAACUCUCCAGCUGGUGCCAGACCAAAGAGAAAAAAUAAGAAGUCUUAUGAUUUAACUCCAGUUGAUAAAUUCUGGCAAAAACAUAAAGGAAGUCCAUUUCCAGAAGUUGCAGAAUCAGUUCAACAAGAACUAGAAUCCUAUAGAGCACAAGAAGAUGAGGUCAAACGACUUAAAAGCAUUAUGGUAAGAUUCCAUUUGCAUACUAAAAAUUACAAGGAAAAGGAGGACAUUUCUUUGCCAGAACUUCUUGAAAAAAAAAGACUUAUUGAUCUCCAUACAAAUGUUGCCACUGCUGUUUUAGAACAUAUAAAGGCAAGAAAACUGGAUGUGUAUUUUGAAUAUGAAGAAAAAAUAAUGAGCAAAACUACUCUGGACAAAUCUCUUCUAGAUAUAAUAUCAGAUCCUGAUGCGGGAACUCCAGAAGAUAAAAUGAGGCUGUUUCUUAUCUAUUAUAUAAGCACACAACAAGCACCUUCUGAGGCUGAUUUGGAGCAAUAUAAAAAAGCCUUAACUGAUGCAGGAUGCAAUCUUAAUCCCUUGCAAUAUAUCAAACAGUGGAAAGCUUUUACUAAGAUGGCCUCAGCUCCUGCCAACUAUGGCAACACUACCACUAAGCCAAUGGGUCUCUUAUCACGAGUCAUGAAUACAGGAUCACAGUUUGUCAUGGAAGGAGUGAAAAACCUGGUUUUGAAACAGCAAAAUCUACCUGUUACUCGUAUUCUAGACAAUCUGAUGGAGAUGAAAUCAAACCCCGAAACUGAUGACUAUAGAUAUUUUGAUCCCAAAAUGCUACGGGGCAAUGACAGUUCAGUUCCCAGGAACAAAAAUCCAUUCCAAGAGGCCAUUGUUUUUGUGGUGGGAGGAGGCAACUACAUUGAAUAUCAAAAUCUUGUCGACUACAUAAAGGGGAAGCAAGGAAAACACGUUUUAUAUGGCUGCAGUGAGCUUUUCAAUGCUACGCAGUUCAUCAAGCAGUUGUCACAACUUGGACAAAAGUAACAAAGAAGAACCUUACUCUGAUAAGCUCCUUGGAAUGUGGAUAAAUGUAAAAAGAAAAGUCGAAAAAGCCAGAUGUUUCCUUUUCCAUAACAAUGUCAAAAUGUGAAAUUCAGAUUUGUUUAUUAAUUUUUAAGGAUAUUCUGUACUUAAUAUAAUGUAUACUAAUUAAAAGAAUAAAGCAUUUCAGAAAUAAAUUUUAACAUUGUU